AUGGGGAGGCAGCCAGAGGAAAGCGCAGGAAAGGAAGGCCACGUGUCGGGUGCUGCAUUUUCUGAGCGCCCCCACGCGCAGAGCCGCGUGCGCCGGCUCCAGCAGGCCCUGCGGAAGCGCGCGGCCCGCGCCGGGAAGCGCGUGCGCAGCCUCACGGCCGAGGGCGCCAGGAGCUUCCUCAGGAGGAACGCCUUCGUCCUCUUCACCAUCGCGGCCGUCCUGCUGGGGAUCAUCCUGGCUUUUUCCCUCCGGCCCUACCAGCUGACCUAUCGCCAGAUCAAGUAUUUCUCCUUCCCUGGCGAGCUGCUGAUGCGCAUGCUGCAGAUGCUGGUCCUUCCUCUCAUCGUCUCUAGCUUAAUUACAGGUAUGGCCUCACUGGAUGGCAGAGCCUCAGGGAAGAUGGGCAUGAGGGCCGUGGUCUACUACAUGGUGACCACCAUCAUAGCAGUCUUCAUUGGCAUCCUCAUGGUGAUCAUCAUUCACCCAGGGAAAGGAUCCAAGGAUAAGCUCCACCGGGAGGGACGAAUUGAGCAGGUGCAGACCACAGAUGCCUUCAUGGACCUGGUGAGGAAUAUGUUCCCGCCCAACCUGGUAGAAGCCUGCUUCAAACAGUACAAGACACAAUACACCACCAGGGUCUUCACCAGAACCGUCCUCCACAGCAGCAAUGUCACAGCAGGUGCCACAACCACCCAGAGCUCUGUGCCUGAGAACUCCACUGGUAUCCUGGAGAACGUCACUCAUGCCCUGGGGACCCUCUCCGAGGUGCUGACCUUUGAAGAAGUCAUUCCCAUCCCGGGCUCAGCCAAUGGGGUGAACGCACUGGGGCUGGUAGUGUUCUCCAUGUGCUUCGGUUUGGUGAUCGGCAGCAUGAAGCAGAAGGGACGGGCCCUGCGGGAGUUCUUUAACUGCCUCAACGAAGCCAUCAUGAGGCUGGUGGCCAUUAUCAUCUGGUACGCCCCAGUCGGGAUCAUGUUUUUAAUUGCUGGCAAAAUCCUGGAGAUGGAUGACUUGGCAGUGAUGGGGGGCCAGCUGGGCAUGUACACGCUCACCGUCAUCGUGGGCCUGCUCAUCCACGCCCUGUGCAUCCUGCCGCUGCUCUACUUCAUCGUCACGCACAGGAACCCCUGGGUGUUCAUCGCGGGGCUCCUGCAGGCCCUCAUCACGGCCCUGGGCACCUCCUCCAGCUCAGCGACUCUGCCCAUCACCUUCAGGUGCCUGGAAGAAAACAACGGCGUGGACAGGCGCAUCACGAGGUUCGUUCUGCCCGUGGGAGCCACCAUCAACAUGGAUGGCACCGCUCUCUAUGAGGCCCUUGCAGCCAUCUUCAUCGCACAAGUCAACAACUACGAGCUCGACUUCGGACAGAUCAUCACAAUAAGCAUCACGGCCACGGCAGCCAGCAUCGGCGCUGCGGGCAUCCCCCAGGCAGGCCUGGUGACCAUGGUCAUCGUGCUGACCUCGGUGGGGCUGCCCACGGAAGACAUCACGCUCAUCAUCGCCGUGGACUGGUUCCUGGACCGCCUCAGAACAACCACCAACGUCCUGGGGGACUCUCUGGGCGCCGGCAUCGUGGAGCACCUCUCCCGCCGCGAGCUGGACGCGCAGGACUGCGAACUUGGUAAUUCCGCGACCGAGGACAGAGAGCAGCUCUCCCAGGCGGGCUGCCCCCAAAACAACACGCACAAGCACCACAGGAGCGAGACAGCACUAUGA